GCAUGGCAACUAAUGAUUAAAAUCAGUAGGAACAAGUGUAGUUAGUAUUGCCUUGAAAUUUUUACAGUUUCUCCAAGAAAUAGUCAUUUUGUUAAGUUAGUAUUAACUCAAUCUUUGAUUCGAACCAUUUCCCAUCAACUUACGAGGUAAAAAGCUUUACAAAUUGUAUUUCAAUACCAAGCAUCCAAGUGAUACCAAAGUUUGUCUAGUGUUGUUUUGACAACUCGUCCAGAAUCAAGUAAAUUUAAUUUAAUUAAAACAGGAUUUAAUAGCGAUCCAAUUGUAUUUCCAAUGUCAACCUGGCAACCGCCUUCAUCUUUUCAUCAUCAACCAACAUCAUAUCCAUCUUAUCAAUCACCGUCCAAUCAACAAAAUCAAUACAGGCCAGUAGUUGGAGUGAUUCCACACUUUGAUACUCAUCCUGGAGGUCCAACUGCAAGUGAACAAGAAAGGGCUCUGUAUGAACAGGAGAAACAACGCGAACGAUUGGCUGUAGUUAACCAGCCUCACCGGACUUUCCCUGUGGUCACACCAAAGCCCAAGCCAACUCAUGAUUAUCCAACAGGAUCCUACCUUCGCUAUGUCAGAGACCCAACCUGGCAACAGCCCCCUCGGGUUUCAUCUCCGGUUCCUAGACCUGAUAGAUUGAAAGAAGUUAUGAACAGGUUUGCUGGUGACAUUGAUGCAGAAAAGGUUGUCCAUCUUCAAUAUAAUUCACCAUUAAAUGUUUACAGCAGGGAAUCGAUUGCUGAAACUUUGGCUCCUCAAAACCUAAACAAGCCAGUUCACAGCAACAGCAACAAUCUUCAUGCUGCUCCACCAACUCAUCACCAUCACCUGGAUCCGAUGGUAACCCGACUCUCAGUUUCCCCGAUUCCCAGCGUAGGAUCAGGCCAUUCACUUCGUCCGUCAACACCAAUAACCGAUAUCCGUAAAUCACCAACCUGGCAAUUAAUUCAAGAACAAGAAUCAGGCAAAACAUAUGGACCGGCCAAGGAAAGAGUAAACUCACCGGUUGGAGCUACACUUCAUGUAUCAAGUAUUGACGGACAUGAAUCUCCAGCUCAAUCAACAAGCUUUAAACAUUUAAUGACCGCUUUAGUUGAUCAUCCAGCUUAUUAAUUUAUGUUAAUGCACUGAUUUAAUCUUGUUAAUUGUAAAUGCAACAACAAAGCAAUAUGUUAUCGCUAUGUCUUCACUGUUGUUACAUUGUUUUUGCUGAUCCUCGUUUAUCUUGCUGGUUGAUUAUCCACUUGAUUAUCCUCUUCUCUUCUCUCCUUUAAUCGUACAAUUUAAUGUCCUUUCAACAAUUUAUCUUGUUGUGCUUUCAAAAAUAAGUCAACAGUCUGCUGAUGAUGUUGAUGAACAAAUGUAAAAUUGAACAAAUGUGAUUGAACAAAACCGUUUACAAUAAAGCUUAAUGUUUCAACGAUUCUUUCAA